AUGGCCGACAGGACGAAGACGAGUAGACACAGGCAAGAUGACGACAAGAGUGAGGGAUACAGACGCCUCUGGCUCAUCGAGCCCAGGUUGACUCCUUCUUUGAAACCAAUGUCAUUGGUGGCCACCACGAAAACGAAGGCGGAAAGGGAGAAGAUGCAAUUGAUCAGAAGGAUGGACAACAAGACGGACCGGACCCAGCAUGUUGCCUUUGCAUCUGCUAUUAGCACCAACAUACUUCAAAUACGUCAUAUGGGAAUUUUUGCUUUCACUGACUUUCAUCGAGUCUCGACAGAACAUGCUGAAGCUCGACGUGGCGAUCAAGACCUUUUCGCUCGUAGUGUAGAGAACGUUGAUGGGGCCGUCGAGGUCGUUGGGCUCUACGCGCACGCAAUGGCCAUCAUCUGCAAAAGGCAACCUAAAGUGCACCAGAGGCCAGAUCAAAUUAUGAGAAGGGUGGAUCCAGAUGCCGACGUCAGCCGGAGCCUACCUGACGGGCCAACAGGCAAAUACAAACCAAAUAUAUCCAAGCUUUGGAAUGGGUACCGAGGGGGGCGGACAAUUUCGGAUUCCGAGGCGGUGCAGGCACAUGGGGUCAUUGUCCUUUGCUAG